UCCACUAGAAAUUUGAGAAGUUCCGAAGUAAGAAAAGCUACAGGCGGAGAACCAGUUAACCACGCGAAAACGAAGAAAAUCUGAAAUGUCCGCUUUUCGAGCAAAAUUUCCUUCUGGAUCAAUAGCGAUUAGCUCAUAUAGAGACCAACAUUUUAAGGGGAGCCGAGCGGACCAGGAGAAAGCUUUGUUGACGUCCUCUACGUUAUACGUAGGAAAUCUCUCGUACUACACCACAGAGGAACAGAUCCACGAGCUGUUUGGGAAAUGUGGCGACAUCAAGCGAAUUGUCAUGGGGCUGGAUAAGGUCAAGAAAACGCCCUGUGGAUUCUGUUUUGUGGAAUACUAUACACGAGAGGACGCAGAGAAUGCAAUGAGGUACAUCAACGGAACAAGACUGGACGACCGGAUCAUUCGUACGGACUGGGAUCACGGCUUUAAGGAGGGACGACAAUACGGGAGGGGCAAAAGUGGGGGACAGGUCCGAGAUGAAUACAGAACAGAUUAUGAUGAAGGAAGGGGAGGAUAUGGAAAAAUAGUGGCUUCAAAGAUCAACCAAUCACGUGACCCCAUGUGAUCAUGUGAUCCCGACCUGUGAGGCUGUGUUUAAGUGUGUUUAUCAGACUGUUAUUUAAGGACAAGGCUACGAGAAACAGUCACUUUCCUGAUUAGGGAAAGAAUCCUCUUAAAAACUGCUAGCCCUACCUCAAAAACAAAAACUUCAUGUUAUGGAUGCUCUGUGCUCUAGGUGGAUUAUUUAUACUUUGUAUUUACAUAUUGAAGCAAUUAAUAUUGCACUUAAUAACCUACCAUCAUUUUUACCAACUUUCCAUUUUGCAAAGGAAUGACUUUAUAUGGCAGGAUGUACACAUCUAUUGACAGAAUAAGUUUUAAUCAUGAUUCAUUGCUUUUUUCGUUUGUCAUUACAUGUAUAUAUUUCUGUAUAAAGUAAAAAUAGUAUCAGAGUCA